GAAAGUACCAUAUUAAAAGAAAAACAAGCCUAGAUUUGUUAUUUAUACGUUUAAAUCGUGUUUUAUUAAUAUUUGAAACAUGAUAUCUAUUUGAUCACACAGUACAUUUAACAAUUUGUGUUUGAGAGCUUGCUUUCUGGUUGUUACGUCAUUGAUUCCACCCGGACUGUUUUACUGGCUGGACAGUUACAGCCAGCUAGUUAGCGUAGCUGCUACAGAAACAAAAUCCCGGACCCUGUAGCAAACACAACUUCUCAUGUAACUUUACACAUCUCUUAUACCGUUGAAAUUGUAUACAUUUAGCUCAAAGGGAAGAGUUUGUGGUCAAGAUGGGAGUGCCGAAAUUCUAUCGAUGGAUUUCAGAGCGAUACCCUUGCCUGAGUGAAGUUGUCAAGGAACAUCAGAUUCCGGAGUUUGACAACCUCUACCUGGAUAUGAAUGGCAUCAUCCACCAGUGCUCCCACCCCAAUGACGAGGACGUCCACUUCCGUAUCUCGGAGGAGAAGAUCUUUGCAGACAUCUUCCACUAUCUGGAGGUGCUGUUCAGGAUCAUCAAGCCCAGGAAGGUGUUCUUCAUGGCCGUGGAUGGGGUGGCUCCUCGGGCCAAGAUGAACCAGCAGAGAGGCAGGAGAUUCAGGUCGGCCAAAGAAGCAGAGGACAAGAUAAAGAAGGCCCUAGAGAAAGGAGAGGUCCUACCCUCUGAGGCCCGCUUUGACUCGAACUGCAUCACACCUGGGACGGACUUCAUGGCCAGGUUACAGGAGCAGCUCAAGUACUUUGUCAACAGUAAACUGUCCACAGACAAUGCCUGGAAAGGAGUUAACGUCUACCUUUCUGGACACGAGACUCCAGGAGAAGGAGAACAUAAGAUCAUGGAGUUUAUCCGCUGGGAAAACACCAAGCCUGACCACGACCCAAACACACGCCACUGUCUCUAUGGCCUGGACGCUGACCUGAUGAUGUUAGGUCUGACGAGCCAUGAGCCACACUUCUCCCUACUCAGAGAAGAGGUCCGCUUUGGAGGGAAGAAAAACCAGAAAAGAAUAACUGCUCCAGAGGAGACAACCUUCCACCUACUGCACCUGUCACUAUUUAGGGAGUACAUAGACUACGAGUUCUCUGAAGUUAAGAAUAAGAUCUCAUUUGAGUACGACCUGGAGCGAAUCAUAGAUGACUGGAUCCUGAUGGGCUUUCUUGUUGGGAAUGACUUCAUCCCUCAUCUUCCUCAUCUUCACAUAAACCACGACGCCCUACCUCUUCUCUACCGCACCUACAUCAGUGUGCUACCAACACUAGGAGGAUACCUGAAUGAGAAUGGUCACCUGAACCUGGGUAACUUUGAGAAGUACCUAGAGAAACUGUCAGAGUUUGACAGGGAGCACUUCAAUGAGGUGUUUGUGGAUCUGAAGUGGUUUGAGAGUAAGGUGGGGAACAAGUACUUGAACGAGGCAGCAGGGCUGGCAGCAGAGGAGGCUCACUGCAAGGAUUCCAGGAAGAAAGACCCGAAAGACUCUCUGUGUCUGGCUGCGCUGGAUGAGGACAGAGGCCCCAGCAGAGUUUUUGAGGAGGAUGGGGAGGAAGAAGACAUGUUUGAAGCAGAGUUCCGACAGUACAAGCGCACCUACUACAUGACCAAGAUGGGAGUGGAGGUGGUCUCAGAUGAGUUUCUAGCCAACCAGGCGUUGUGCUAUGUGGAGGGAAUCCAGUGGAUCCUACAUUACUACUACCAUGGAGUCCAAUCCUGGAGCUGGUAUUACCCGCACCACUAUGCCCCCUUCCUGUCAGAUGUGCGGAACAUAGCCCAUCUGAAGUUGACCUUUGACAUGGGCAAGCCUUUUAUGCCCUUCCAGCAGCUGCUGGGAGUCCUGCCUUCUGCCAGCAAAGACCUGCUGCCCCAGAGCUAUAGGCACCUGAUGACAUCAGAGAGUUCUAGCAUCAUUGAGUAUUACCCUCUGGACUUCAAGACAGACCUUAAUGGGAAACAACAGGAGUGGGAGGCUGUGGUGCUCAUCCCCUUCAUUGACGAGAGAUGUUUGCUUGCUGCGAUGGAGCCUUAUAACGAUCACAUGACCAAGGCUGAGAAGGCCCGUAACCGCCACACACAGUGUGCUGUGUACAGCUACCACGCUGAGCUAGACUACCCCUCCACCUCCACCCUGCCUGACCUGUUCCCCAACAUCAUGCACUGCCAUGUCAGAGUGACACCGGUUCCCAUGGACGCGUGGCACGUGUCGUUGAGCCACGUGGGGCGCAGCAUCAACAGCAGCCAGCUCUACUUCUGUGGCUUCCCCACCUUAAAGCACAUCAGACACAAGUUCUAUAAGAAGAAGCACGGGGUGGUGGUGUUCCAGCAGAGCAGCCGAGGAGAGAACAUGAUGCUGGAGAUCACACCUAGCAAGGAGGAACCUGUGUGUGACAAUGUGGCCUCUCUGGUCCUGGGUCGGUCUGUGUUUGUCAACUGGCCCCACCUAGAGGAGGCCAGGGUGGUAGCAGUGUCUGACGGGGAGAGCAAGUUCUUCCUGGAGGAGCCGGCAGGGAUGCAGAAGCUGUACGACAGGGACUCUCCUCCCCCCACUAAGGUCACCUACCUCGGUGACAAGGAACAGAAGGACUGGGUUAAGGACGUACAGGGCAUCACUGAGCAUUUCGGUAAGCGUAAGGGCAUUACGGUGAAUGAGACGGCGGUGGUUUUGUAUACCCAGCUGCUGACAGGCAGGAAGUAUGUACCUGGGCAGAGUGGACAGGUGCACCUGGAGAAACAGUGGUCCAAGCAGUUACUGCCCUUCCCCUACCAGACCAUCGUCAAGGACAUCAAAGCCUUUGACUCGUCGUCCACUCGCUUCAAGACCCUGGAGGAGCUGUUUCCCCCGACGACCACGGUUUUCAUGGUGGGGAACCCCUACUACGGUGCCAUGGGAGAGGUGCAGGAGUCCAGUGAUGUCAUCAAAGAGGGACGGGUGCGGGUGGUGUUCACGGUGCCCUGUGAACCACCGAUGGAAUCCUUAAUACAGAACCAGCAUAAAUACUGUGUGAAGUACAGUCCAGGCUACGUUCUGGCCUCACGCCUCGGCAUCACCGGCUACCUCGUCUCCAGAUUCUCUGGCAGCAUCUUCGUCGGCAGAGGAUCCAAGAAAAAUCCCCAUGGGGAGCAGAAGGCUAACGUGGGUCUGAACCUGAAGUUCAAUAAGAAGAAUGAGGAGGUGCCAGGUUACACCAAGAGAACCGAGAAGGAGUGGCUCUAUUCUGUCGCUGUGGAGGAUCUGAUGGCUGAGUACUUGGAUAGGUUCUCUGAGGUGUUUGACCUGGUGUCCAGGAACAGUCACGACGAUGUCUUCUACGAGGACGACAUCUGGCCCGGAGUGGACCAAAACGGGGCGGAGAGGGUGAAGGAGAUCACUUCCUGGUUGAAGACACACCCAGUCGCCGACAUCGCCCGGGUGUCAUGUGACCUGCAGAUCCUGGACACGGCCAUCGUGGAGCAGAUCGAGGAGGAGGUGGCUAAGGUCAAGAAGAGCAGCAAGAAAGUGCGUGUGACCGUGAAGCCACAUUUACUCUUCAGGCCCUUAGAGCAGCAGCAUGGUGUGGUCCCUGACCCGGAUGCAGAGUACCACCUGUUUGACCGGGUGGUCAACGUCAGAGAGAGCUUCUCUGUCCCCCUCGGCCUCAGAGGAACCAUCAUCGGCAUCAAGGGAGCUGAUCGGGAGGCUGAGAUCUUGUAUGAGGUUGUGUUUGAUGAAGAGUUUGCUGGGGGACUUACUAUCAGGUGUGCGUCGGGCCGUGGCUACAGGCUGCCUCCGUGUGCCUUAAUCAACCUGAGCCAUGGAUGCCUCUUUGAGCAGGGUUCACACAAACUGACUGCCAUCGUGAAGCCCCAGCCUGCCGCCUCCUCCCACCACCACGCACACAACAAAGAACAGCUGUCUGGGCUCAACCACUCACCACGCUCACCCUUCAUACCCACACAGCAGCAGAACGGCAGACAAAACAUUCUCAGGGCAGACACUCAGGGGAACAAAAAUGUGCACCACAAUGCCCUCAGCCAGAAACACCAUCCGAAGGGUAAAGAUGAGGAGUUCAGUAAUGUGUGGCAGUCUCUGCAGAGUUCUGGAAUGCCCCAGAAACCACCAGCCCACUGGCAACAAAACAAUGCGUGUAAUUCUGCCUGGGGUCCAGGGUCUCCCGGACAGGACGGGCAGUUCCAGGGGCAACAGGGCAUGAACCAACCCCAGAGUCAACAACAACAACCCCCCAAACCUGGUCCAGCAGGAAGUAUCAGACUGCUGAAGAGAAACGAAGAUGUCAACACUCUGUUUCCCGCUCAGAACGCCACAAAGAAGCAGACAGAGUUUGAGGAGUUGAUCGCCAACCUGAAGAUCACUAAGGGCAACGAGCCAACGAGUCAAUCGGAGGAGCCGCUGUCUCCACAGUCAUUCGCUAUGAAGGGAACUCUGGCCCUGAAGGAGAUGCUGAACAUUGGCUCUGCCCCGGACUCCACUAGUCUCUCCUCCUCCAACACCCAGCAGCAGAACAGGAGAAGAGCCACCAAGAAACUGGCGGCGAGGAUGGGGGACUUAGUGUCACCUGUGUCCGCAGCAGCAGUCCCUCCCCUGCAGGCCCACCAGCCCUCCUCCAUGGGUCCCAGUGUGGCCUCAGAGCUGGCUAGGAUCUGUGUAGGUCUGGGCAUGGCCCCCCCGGACUUCACCUUCAUACGCAGCAGACAGGGUUUGAUGGUGUGUCAGGUGAAGCUCUCCAGUGGUCUGCUUGUCCACGGUCCUCAGAGUCACUCUGAGAACGAAGCCAAAGAGAAGGCAGCUCUCUUCGCCCUGCAGCGCCUUGUGAGUGUGAAUUCGGUGGGUUCUGGGUUUCCCAUGCCUCCGCCUCUGUUCUCUGGGGUCAGCCAGAUAAGAGGACCAUCCAUGGGACCCAUGCCUAACGUAUUCGGCCAAUCGGGUGGUCUGUUAAUCCCUCCUCAGGGGUAUGGUCCUCUCCACUGGGGCAUGUCUCUCCCUCCCCACCAGGGACAGCCCUUCUACGGGGGCACCUUCCCUGGCGCCCGGCCCCAGGUACCCUCCGUCCCCAUCGGCUCACACAACCAGUUUGUCCCCCUGCAGGUGACUAAGAAGCGCGUGUCAUCAGGCAAGAAACCACAAGAGUUCUACAAUGCGGCUCACACGGUGAGGAACCAAGCCCCAUGUAACAAAGCCCAGUCUGACUCCCAACCCUCCCUAUCCCCAGCCCCCUCAGCACCCCCUGCAGCCCCCAUCACACCCCUAAAGACCGCCCAGGACACCCCUGAGAUGGCUGGGACCUCCUCCACGCCACAGACGCCACGCCAGAACCCCACCCCAGGCCAUGGCCACACCCCCAGCUCUGCCUCCAAGAGGAAACACAGGAAACUGGCGGUCAACUUUGAAGUGGCCAAAGUCCAAGAAUGAUCUGCUUCCUCUCUCUGCUUAGGUGUUGGUUUUUAAGAUGGUAUUAUCAUCGUCCUGGUCUCAAAUGGAACCCUAUUCUCUGUGAGCUGCCCUACUAUUGACCAGAGCCCUAUGUAGUUCCCCUAUGGGGCUGUUCUCAAAAGUAGUGCGUUAGAAGAGGAAUAGGGUGUCAUUAGGGUUCCGUUUGAGAUGCAGCCACAGUAACGAGAGGGAGGGAGGAGGAGGGCCCCCCACCCAAGGCAAUAAGGACUGAUAAGUCGCAAUGACGUCUGUUUUCUUGUGUUUGUAAGAUGGAUCACUGCUGUCCCCAGUCUCUCCACACCCUGUGGUACAUGGUGUCCUUCUAGUUGGUCCAUUUAUGAUUGGAGCUUGUAAUCAAGGGCUUAAUCUCUUUUAAUUAUUUUCCCUCUGUUUGUAUUCUCCAUCUUAAGCCAAAUGUUAGGGUCUUUUAUUAAGGUCAUUAGAAUUUUGUCACUAUGUAUUUUAAGGUCUAUUUUAUGGUUUCUAAUCGCUUACGCAGCAAAUAGCAAUUUGACAUUCUAACUUGUGUCAAGCUAAAUUUAGGAUCACAAAUGUAUUCGGACACACAUAAAGACAACCCAAACAUCACUAUGACAAAAUUAUUGACAUUUCUUCUCUACAUUGUAACACAAAAACACCACAUUUCUUCCCUCCAUUAAGACUUGGAUCAAUCAGCUAACAGGUCCUGGUAAUGUCUCAAAGCAGACAAUUUUAAUUUGAUUUCAAACUGAUAUGCUGCUGUUAGUUUGUUCUUAAAAUAUUUUUGCCUCCACAUUUCAAUGUAUGGAUUUUCUGCCUCUCGGCAGCCUUUUGAAGAUUUAUUUGUAAACUAUAAUUUGUUAUUGUUGCAGAGAGUACCAAGGCUGAAUCAUUACCUUGUAACCCACAUGUACAUCUGCUUGAGUUUUACCAGCAUAUUUUUGGGGCUCUUUGGAUUUGUACCCCCCCACCACCACCACUUUAAACAGUGAGCCGAUCUACUGAGUUCUGGCUGUCCGUGGGUUUUAAACAUCUGUACCGAAGCACACCUGUUGUACGUCAUAUUGUUUUCUCUCAUAAUUAAUUUGAGCGCUUGUAUAAGAAACCCCCCAUCUUAGAGUAGGUUAUGGAACUUGCUCUUUUCAUGCUGGGACAUGCUGUACAUAUCCAUUGAAUAAAGACAUCUUUUGUUA